UAUUGUAUAUACAGCAAAAAUCUAUCUAUCUACCCAAUAUACUAUAGAAUGCAUUAAAAUGAAAAGGAAAAUUGAAUAAAGACUACAAUCUAGUCACGAAAGAUUUUAUUCUCUAAUCUUAAUAUAUCGAUAAAUUAUCAUCAGUUUAUAAAUUUGCCAAAAAAUUCAAAAUCUUUCAAAAGCCGAAAAAAGGUAAUAAUGCUACGUCAUUCACUUAAUUUAGCUCCAAAAUUGUUCCAUAAACUCGUACGAAAUGACAUCAAACUUCAAAGGACUGACAAUUAUAUUGCACGGACAUCUAGUUGUUUUCAUACCACAACCAUUAACAAUAAUGUGACUGAUAAUCGUCUCCUUUAUGAUCAGCUUUGUGAUAUUGUCGGUAUGGAUAAUGUAAGCAAAGCUGAAGCUGUACGGGAACAAUAUGGACGUGAUGAAAGUCAUUUCAAUCCUGUUCUGGCUGAUUUUGUCAUUUGGCCAUUGAAUACCGAUCAUGUAAGCCGUAUAUCUCGAUUAUGUUACGAUUCAAAUGUGGCAAUCACAUUGUUUGGAACCGGUACCGGUUUGGAAGGUGGUGUGAACGCUCUAAAAGGAGGUGUUUGUUUGGCAACCAAUAAGAUGAAUCAAAUAAUCGAAGUGAAUGUCGAAGAUUUUGAUUGUACUGUCGAAGCUGGUGUGACAUGGCGAGAAUUGAAUCAAUAUCUAUCGGAUACCGGGCUAUUUUUUCCCAUAGAUCCCGGUGCAUCAGCCAGUUUAGGUGGAAUGUCAGCCACCAAUGCUUCUGGUACUAAUGCUGUUCGCUAUGGUACGAUGAAAGAAAAUGUACUCAACAUGGAAGUUGUAUUGCCUACCGGUGAAGUUAUGAAAGCAGCUGGCAUCAAAGCUCGAAGUCGCAAAUCGGCUGCUGGUUUUAAUUUAACCGAAUUAUUCAUCGGCAGUGAAGGCAUUCUUGGUACGGUAACUCAAUUAACUUUACGUCUAUAUCCGAUUCCAGAAACGACUUAUUUAUGUGUUUGUCCAUUCCAAGACAAUGAAGCGGCGAUCAACACUGUAGUUUUAUUACUGCAGAAUGGCAUACCCUUAUCACGAAUAGAAUACGUGGAUAGUCAUUCGAUUCGUGCUUCAAAUCAAUACAGCAAAGGUGAUUUAUUGGUAAAGCCAUCGUUGUAUAUGGAAAUCGCUGGAAAUCAAACUAUUAUUGAUUCGAUGGUUGAAUUGGUCAAAGAAAUUGUUUUGGAUAAUGGUGCUCUUGAUUUUCAACAUUCAAACAUAAUGGAAGAGCGAUCUCAUCUAUGGAAAGCACGACAUGAUCUUUACUAUGCAUGCCGUAAUUUCGAUACCAGGCCAAAUAUCCGAGCAUUGAUCACAGAUGUUUGUGUACCAAUAUCCAAGUUACCAGAAAUUAUACUCAAAAUGCGUCAAUAUCUAGAUAAAUACAAAAUUAAUGGAUCAUCAUUUGGUCAUGUUGGAGAUGGUAAUUUUCAUUCUGUCAUUACCUAUGAUCCAAAUGAUAGUGUUGAAACUGGCACUGUUUUUAUGAUCAGCGAAAUGAUUGCCGAAGAAGCGAUACGUUUGGGGGGUACCUGUACCGGUGAACAUGGUAUUGGCCGUGGUAAGAUUAAAUUCCUGCAAAAAGAAUACGAUACUGUUUCAUUGGAAGUGAUGAAAAAAAUUAAGCAAACUAUUGAUCCAAAGAACCUAUUCAAUCCGGGAAAAGUUUUGAUCAUACCAUAGCUUUAUAUAAUAUAAACAUUAGCAAUCAUUUUAAAAUUUUAAUUAUUUUAUUCUCAAAAUUCUCCCAGAAUAUUCUGUCUUAUGUGUGUGUGUGUUUGUUUGUUUUCAUUCAUUUGAUUUCUUCUUACUGCUAUUGUUUUCUGUGUGAAUGUUAAAUUUUAUCUUGUUAUAUUUUGUGUUGAUCCAAGUUUUCCCAUCUUUUGGCAAUAAACAAAAGAUACAGUUUGA